GGCUGCCACACACACACAAAAACAAACCUGCCCCUCCCCUACCCAGCUGAGCGUCACAUGACUCGCUCUCUCUUUCUGGCUCUCUCUAUGAAAAACGGCAGAAAGGAGCCCAGGCGGCCGCGCUCACAGCAAACGAGGCAGACGAGAGUUGCUCGCUGCUCAUUCUGCAGCCUGUCGAGCGGCGCAGAUACAGAGCUAUGCCAAUGCAAAAGGAGGCCGUGUUCACCCAAGCGCUAUUCGGCCGCUAUGUUCCAAAGAGAACUGUGGCAUAAUUUAAAUGAGAAACAACAUCCACACAUGGGAGUUUGGGGCUUGCUGAACACCCAAACGGCACCUGCCUGUGAGGAUGCCUAAGGUAGAGAGAUGCCUCCUCCCUGUGCAAAGAUGUGAAAGCGAAGCAAAACCUUGGCACUGGAAGGCACAGCACCAACUGGGUUAGAGCUGGUGUGUUUCCCUUUUGGAUGCAAGCGCGGUACGACCCCCGGAGCGCGAGCGGUAGGUAGCAGGAGCAUGGCGUGCAUGUCGCUUUGGCUUAUGUUUGUGACAUGCUGAGGAUGGACAGGGGCAAAGGCAGAUGGGGCAGCCACGGAGCUACAAGCAGCUUCGUUUCGCCUCUUCCCCAUUGCGCCGUGAAUGCAGCCCCUUCCUAAGACACCGGGCAUGAAAAGCGAGACGCGCUUCUUUCCCAGCGUGCAGAAAUCCAGCGGAGAUCCAAUGGAGCAGCCUGCCGUGUGGACAGAGGCGGCUCCUGCCGGCCGCGUGCUUCCUUCGGUGAGGAGCGCUAGACCCGCGUGGGGGGAUUGUUAGGUAAGGCGGCCCAGGAAAGAGACCCCUCGCCAUGGGGUCCAACGCGAGCUGGGCUUCUGUCAACGCGAGCGAGCGCGGGCCCUACCACGCCGUCGCCAGCGCUUUGAACGCGUCCAGCGCGCAAAUCGCGGGGAUCAACAGAAGCGCCCACGGCAACGGGACUUCGCAUGGGGAGGCAUAUCGGAACGAGCAAACCUACCGACAUUUUACCACCGCGGUGCAAGUUAUCAUCUUUAUAGGCUCUCUGCUAGGAAACUUCAUGGUCUUGUGGUCAACAUGCAGGAUGUCAGUUUUUAAGUCGGUAACCAACCGGUUUAUUAAGAACAUGGCCUGCUCUGGGAUCUGUGCCAGCCUAGUCUGUGUGCCUUUUGACAUAGUCCUCGGUGCCAGUCCACACUGCUGCUGGUGGAUCUACACCAUGGUCUUCUGUAAGAUCAUAAAGUUCUUGCACAAAGUCUUCUGCUCGGUGACCAUCCUUAGCUUUCCUGCCAUUGCUCUGGAUAGGUACUACUCAGUUUUGUAUCCACUAGAAAGGAAAAUAUCGGAUGCCAAAUCUCGAGACCUGGUGAUCUACAUCUGGGCUCAUGCAGUGAUAGCCAGCAUCCCUGUAUUUGCUGUGACCAAUGUACUGGAUAUUUAUGCUAUGUCCACUUGUACUGAGCCUUGGAGUUACUCCAUUGGCCGUUUAGCAUAUGUCAUUAUUUACAACAUUACCACUGUGAUUGUGCCGGUGGCUGUGGUCUUUCUCUUUAUGAUCCUUAUCCGCAGGGCACUGAGUGCCAGUCAGAAGAAAAAAGUCAUCAUAGCUGCCUUAAGAACCCCUCAAAACACUAUUUCUAUCCCUUAUGCCUCUCAGAGAGAAUCUGAACUUCAUGCCAUGCUGCUCUCCAUGGUUAUGGUUUUCAUUUUCUGCAGUAUCCCCUAUAUGACUUUGGUGAUUUACCGCACUGUGCUCAAUGCUUCUGACGCUUCUGUGUACUUGCUUCUCACUGCCAUCUGGCUGCCCAAGAUAUCACUGCUAGCCAACCCUCUGCUCUUCCUGACUGUUAACAAGUCUGUACGGAAAUGUUUAGUAGGGACAAUGAUGCAGUUACACCGAAGGUAUAGUCGGAGGAACACAGUCAGCUCCGGAGGCGCUGGGGACAUCAGCCUGGAGCCUCAUGUUCGUUCUGGUAGCCAGCUUCUGGAGAUGUUUCACAUUGGGCAGCAGCAGAUUUUCAAGCCCACAGAGGAUGAAGAAGAGAACGAAACAAAAUCCAUUGGCUCCAGUGGCUACCAACAGAAGGAGAUCCCCACAACCAGCUUAGACGUAGAGCAGACUUUAGUUCAGAGGCCUAUGCCUCACGCCAUUGCAGACUCGGCCGCGCAAGUGGCUCCAGCCAUGCCAACAGAAGCUGAAUUGGCCAAUGAGAAAUAUUCCAUGCAGCUUGGCUUCGGACCCUUUGAGUUGCCUCCACAGUGGCUGUCAGAAAAUCGGAACAGUAAGAAACGACUCCUGCCUCCCUUGGGGAAUACGCCCGAGGAGCUAAUCCAGACCAAACAGCCCAAGGGUAAAACAGAAAGAAAAAUUAGCAGGAACAAUAAAGUCAGCAUCUUCCCCAAGGUGGAUUCCUAGUCAAAGCAGGAGCACACUGUGAUGUGAGAUGGGACUGCCUCCUUGAAUACAUGUGAUCCUAUGGAUCUUUGUUAGGUUGAAAUUUAAUAAAGGCUUAUUUUUUGUGCCAAUUUAUGUAAAAGCAAAGCGAAAGCAAGUGUUCCUUAGGAAUGGGUUUUGAUACAAAUAUCUUGGCCUACCUAUUUCUUUAGAUUAAUUUAUAUAGACUCGUUUAACUUCCAAAUAGACGUUUUUGGACCCUUUCUGCCCCAAAGACUGCUUUCCACAUUAUACCUUGCUGUGAUCUCCGGGACUGGCCAACACAGAGAGAGACAUUGGGGUCACUGUUCUGUGAUUAUGGAACUCAGGGGAAGGGAGCAUAAUAAAUAUGAAGCUCCCUUCCCUGGAGGUCCAUAUCUCUUUCUGCUCUUUCACAGAAGCACUGAGCAUCUUUUAGGAGCAUUCAAUGGCCUGUACAAUUGGCAUGGCUUCAAGUGGCCAGGAAUAAACAAGGACCUGAGAUUUCAAUUAUAUUUUAUAAUUUAAUGAGAUUUUUAUUCCUCCUUGGGUUUUUUUUGUACAUUUAUCUUAAAAGUAUUUUAAGCUGUCUCAUGCUGUUCAGACAAUUGUGGGCUAAAUACAAUCUUGGUUACCAUCUAUGAAACACUUCCAUUCAGGGGCUGACAUUUAGUGGGCUGAGUACUGCAGGUUUCCAGCAAAAAAAAAAAAAAAAGAUCGGGGAGAAGCAACACCUUAACAGAGGUAAAAUAUACUAAGCACUUUCAACUGCAUGGAAAAUGGCACAGCAAAUGUUGAGAGUUUUUCUUCUUCAUGAAGUAUUGGCCAAUGGGACCCUUAAUUUAAAUUUAUCACUGUGUUAUAAAGAUUCCUGUGA